UUUUAUCGGCCGAGUUUCGGAAACCUUUCUCGGUUAUAAUAUUUUAUGAAACCAUUCAUUAGUUUUAAUAGAAUUUAUAAUAGAUCAACCCUUUUAAAGGAAAAAAAUAUUAGGAACUUUUCGAUGACGUUUCAUUUAGAAUUCUUACAUUUCCUCGGAAUGUUUAAAAUCCUUGCAAGCAGGAAGAAAUGAAAGAAGCCCGAGUUAACGGUGUAACCGUUUAAGUAGGGAACCAUUCUGUUAUUCUAUUAUUCUGCUGCCACUUGCUGUCCUCGCCACAACAUUGGGAAACUUUACUCACAUCGUUGGAAGGUGACAUCACCUUCUUUUGAACUGGGAACUGGAUGUAAACCUACAUAUGUGGAGGGGGCGGGAACUUAUUGUUCCGGAACUAGAAAAAAUUGACUUGAGAGUUUGGAACAAUUCACUUCCCAGAUAUGUUUUCAACUCUUUGCACUUGUCUGAUCAAUCAAGGCACUACCUGCUUUCUCUGAGUACCUGAUUUUCUGAAGGUUCAGUCAACACUUAACGUGUGGUAAACAUUGGUGACUUGAUUAUCUGGAUGAGCUCUGCAUCUUUAUUGCCCUCAAAGUUGGAACUGAUGUGUGUUGGGGAAUAAGGUGUUGUAGUGUAGAAUGAAACAUGCCAAACAUUGUCCAAGUUCAAAAAACCGAAGUCUUGAAAUGCAAGCUUCGUCAUGCAUUUCUUGCCGUACAACAUUGUGCAUCUGUGUGGCAGGAAUGUGCUCGUCAGCAAGAAGUGCAACUUAAGGAACUUUUUAACCUAUGUGAACAAUACCAGUGUUGUUAUGAAGCAAAUGUGGAAUCUUUAGAGCUCCCUGCUAGUCUGAAUGAAGUAAAAUCCAAGUUACUUUAUGUUAUUGUGGAGAAGAUAGAACAAAAACUGUGUGCAGUUCAAGCCACAAUAUGUGAAUUUCAAAAAUCUUAUGACAAAGUGAAUCAAGCAAGAAUCAAUGCUUUUGAACAAAAACCCGACAUGGUUUACUUGACUGAGAGUAGAGCCAUGUCCCCAACUCUGGCUACCAUGUUGGAAUGGUUAGAUGAUACAGAAAGACAGGUUUUUGUACAGCUACACCUCAAGAAAUAUUUACUUGAUGAAAUGAAAUAUGGUGACGUGUCAAUCCUGCAGCAGCUUCUCAAAUCCUGGUUACUUGAUGAUACUAAAGUCAUCAAUAAAAUCCAAGAAAGACUUCUUUAUUUGGAGGAUUUCAUGAACGAACCUUAAUUAAGGAUUGGGAAUCAAGCAGGAUCUCAUUGGGUACAUUCUCCGGAUCAAUACUAAAAGAAAACAAAAUUUAUUUGUAAUUAAUUGGGUUAAACAUGUCAUUGCUCUCAGGGAAAAUACAAGUGUGUUUCAAUAGACACCACAGAUUGAAAAGUUUUAGAUGAAAGUCAAAGAGGAACGUGAGAAAUGGUGACUUUUGGAAGCUAUUUUAUUUCUGUCUAAAUCUUGUUCUAUUUAACAAUUUGAAUAGUUAUUUGGUAUUGAGGCAGCAGUUAAGGAAUCAAUAAAUGUUCAUUGAUCUAUAUGGAGAAAUGCUUUACCUAAAUUCUAAAAUCUUUAUUCAGCUGAUUUGAUUUGGUAAGCACUAAGCUUCAUUUUAUUUGUGGAUUGUAAAUUUACUCAGCAGAUAUCCUUAGAUUAAAACAACAGUCGUUGUUGUUGUUAGCGGCUUUGUUGAAAUGUUACUGGUGUUUGUUGUGAGUAAUUUAUUGAUGCUUUACAUUAGGGUUGUUUGUGUGAGUAGCUCUUUCUUGGAACAGUAGCUGAGUACUGUGUAGAUAUUGCAGAGGUGAGGAGUUGUAUUAGAAAGUUUGUUUUUGAGUAGUUGGUACUCAUUGGGUUGAUGUGAGGACUUGGUACGCUGUAUAGUUUUUAUUCUUUAUUGAGAAUAUUAAUAUUAGUGGUAGCUAUUGUUGAAGAAGUUACUUUGAGGAUGUAAUAUCGUGUCAGGACACUCAGUGCAUGUCGCAGUUAGUUGUCAGAGGAACUCUGGAGUAUUGCUGCCAAUAUUAAACUGGAUUAGACUGCCUCAGUUAUAUCUCUAUGUUCCAGUUUCAAAUCCUGCCAAGGCUACAUUUGUCCCUUUAAACUAAAUUCUAGCAAUGUUUUUGUUUCUUAUAAACCUUUGGCCUCAUUAGACAGAAUUUCAUGUGAUAAUAUAAAGGUGCAGUAGCAGAAUUGGUAGUUUUUGUGAUAGUAACUGCCUAAUGGUAUUUAGUUUUGUCUUUCUACAUUCCGAGUUCAAAUCUUGCUGGGUCAAAUUUGCCUUUCACUCCUCUGAGAUCAGUAAAAUAACUAUUAAAAGAUAACUGAAGUUGAAUUAUUUAAGUAUAUUUCCCUUCUUAAGCACACUUAAUGCCUAUUCCAGUGUGAGGGAUGAAUAUUGGUUAAUAGAGAUGGGGUGGGUUUGACAGAAAUAGUAAAGUGCCAAAUGAAAUUUCUUAGUUUAUUCUUGGUUAAAAAAUCAAUCUCCUGAAAAUUUAUAAAAUAAAUACCAAAAAAUAAGUUGGCUUCAUUUAAAUAAUUCCACUCCUACAAAUUAAGGGUUCUGUUUAAGGAUGGUCUGAAAAUCAAAGGGGGACAUCACAAGCUGAAGAUGGCAUCUUAAGCUAAGGGAGACAUCAAAAGCUAACUUCAUCUAAAAGAAAUAACUUGGUAUUUUCAAAUUAAAAAUAGAAUUUUACUUGAUUAUGGAAUGAAAAGGCUAAAAGUAAUUAAAAUGCUUGUAGUAAUACUGCUGUUUGUUCACAAAUUUUCGUUAAGAAUAAAUAAAAAAACUGUUUAAAGAAAUUGUUUUAAUUAUUGAAAUAGGUUGUUAAAUGUAGAAUUGUUAGCAUAACAUGAAAAAAUAGUUGUUUUAGAUAAUUUGAGCUUUGCUUAGUUUAGAAGGUUACUUCACUUUCACUGACAAAUUUAGAUAUUUCAAGAAAUCUGAUGUGAUUGAUUUUUUAAAAAUGAUUUUACAUCAAUUUAUUGGGGCAAUUACUUUUGGAACUGGGUAUACGUCCUACCACUUUCCACUCAGCUGGAGCAAAUAGAUCUCAGUGCUUUGCUCAAACAUAUAAGACAAUGGAAGUUGUAAAAUUUGAACUUAUGACCUUGAAGUUGCUAGGCCAACACUUGAACCUUACUGGUAACAAAAAAUAAAAAA